AUGUCCGCCCUACUCUCGUACCUCGUCAAGUUCCUCGUGGGCUACUUCGCCCUCACCGUCUUCUUCUACGCCCUCUCGCUCGCCGUGCCCCGCGCCGGCUUCGUCGCCCGCGUCCUCGCCGCCUACAUCUCCCUCGUCGCCUGCGCCCUCUUGGGCGCCGCCGCCUCGGCCGCCCUCACCCUCGCCGGCCACCAGCAGAUCUCGCAAUGGGUCACCGCCCGCUCCUUCAAGUACCUCAUGUACCUGACCACGGGCGUCGUCUUCGAGGUUGACGACCCCCGCGACGUCCUCGGCACCACCCGCCCCGCCGUCUUCAUCGGAAACCACCAGACGGAGCUCGACGUCCUCAUGCUCGGCGCCAUGUUCCCCAAGUACUGCAGCGUCACCGCGAAGUCGGACCUCAAGCACAUGCCCUUCCUCGGCUGGUUCAUGCGCCUCUCCGGCAGCAUCUUCAUCGACCGCAAGAACUCAAAGGACGCCCGCGAGGCCAUGCAGGGCGCCGCCCAGGAGAUUCGCGCCAAGCGCCAGAGCGUCUACAUGUUCCCCGAGGGCACCCGCAGCUACACAAAGGAGCCCGCCCUGCUGCCCUUCAAGAAGGGUGCAUUCCACCUUGCCGUCCAGGCCGGCGUCCCCAUCGUCCCCUGCGUCGUCGCCAACUAUAGCCACGUCCUGUACCUCAAGAGCCUCAUCUUCAACUCUGGCCGCAUCCCCAUCAAAGUCCUCGAUCCCAUCCCUACCAAGGACCUCACCUCGGCCGACGUCGACGAACUCACCCGCUCCACCCGCGAGCUCAUGCUCAAGGAGCUCGUCGUCCUCUCCGCCAAGGCCAAGGGCCAGCCCAUCCCCGUGCCCUCAGCCAACAACUCGACCCCCAAGGCCGUCAGCUCCGGCGUCGACACCAAGGCAUGA